GAAUAUCUUACGUGGAACGAAACAGGAGACGUGUUUGUAAUUUGUAAUAUGGACGAAUUCGCUCAAAACGUUUUACCGAAAUAUUUUAAACAUUGUAAAUUCACUUCAUUCGUCCGACAGCUUAAUAUUUAUGGAUUUUAUCGAGUUUCGGAUGCUCGAAAAUCAAAACACGUACGUAGUAAGCACGCUUGCGUAUUUUCCCAUUCUCAAUUCAGACGUGGCCGACAAGAUCUAUUACCAAAUAUUCGUCGUAAAGUAUCAAAGACA